CCUCUUUCAAUAUCUCUAUCCCCCAUUCUCUUCGAUUCUUCCGAUUACAGGCGCAGUGGAACCUUCAUUGGCCUUCUCAUAAGGAGUUAACUAAAAUGCCGAACAUGUAGCAAUUAUAUUGGGUUUCGAUCUUUCCGGAGUUAUACAGAACAGAAAAAUUCGCGUUCCUGGCUAUGGUUUUGGUGUUCAAUCGGAAAUAUUAGGGUUUUUUUGGUGCUCACAGAUUGUUCGGUCCAUAUCAUCAAACUCGAAGUUCAGAGAUCGUUUAUGCGUUUUCUUAUCUGUCCGUAAUUGUUUUCCGGGAACUAUAUCUGCAAGUAUAUAUUCUGAUACUGAUAAAAAUGGUGGACCGAAAGCUGUACAAGACGAAGCUUUGCGUACUGUAUCAGAGAGGUCACUGUCGUCGCCAGACCUGCUCUUUUGCCCACGGCGAUGCCGAGCUCCGACGCUUCUCUGCUUCAUUCAAUGGGAGGCGGGAUUAUAGGAGUAGUGACUUGAGAGAUAAGCUUGACAGAAGACUUUCUCCACCAAGAAGGUACUCCCCUGAUGGAAGAGGUCGGCAUGCAUCUCAUGGAUACAGUCCCCCCAGAUUUCUUAGGAACAGGAGUGCCAGAAAACACAGCAAGAAACAUCCAUUGGAUGGCCAAAGUGAUUUUUCUGGAAGCUUGGAUAUCUCAGAUGGGAACAAAGAUCAAGUCAAAGACAAAAAGCUCACAUCGUCUGAUUCCAAAGAUGCCCUAGCAGUGCAGUUGAGACAAGUGCAGUCUGAAGUUGACAUGCUGGAUGACCACAAACAUCAACUGGAGAUCUACGUGGAAGAGAGGAUCCAAGAAGCAGAUGGUCUAACUUCUAAAAUCGAGGAGCUUGAGAUGCAACUGUGUAAAGAGAAAGAGGAAUGUAAAAGGAUUACUUCAAAAAUCAAGAAGUUUGUUAAAGCUCAAAGUCGUCAUUUAAGGCUACAAGCUGAACUAAAGAGGUCACAAGCUCGAGUUCAGAAGUUGGGGGACCAGCUUGCUUCAGAUGCUGCUAGAUCUGGUGCCAAUGAAGAGGAUUCAAGCAUCAAUAUGAUGAGUGAUGGAGAGACAACUGGUAAUCUUGUGUUAAGCUCAUGGACUGAGCUACAAACAAAUGCUUCUCCCAGCAGAAAAAGACAGCGAAUUCGCAUGAAAGCUGAUCUAGAUUUAAAUCAAGUAAAUCCAACAGAAGGAGAAGGAUUUGUGACAGGAACAAUUACUUCGGGGAAGUUUUCUCGGUGGAAUAUUGAUCAUGCUCAAUAUAACAAUAAGAAGGAAGCUGUGGCGGAGGGUAAUGGAAAGAAUGGUUUUAGACCCUUGGCAAAUGAAGACAAGGCAAAAUGGGAAAAGAACACUUACAUUAACAUUCUGUCGGGAGAUAAGUUGAGGAUUUCUGAAUCAGGCCCUGUGUUGCCAUCAACUAGCAUAGCUGCCCAUGCAGUGGAUGAAGUUGCUGACACUGUUGAAAUGGAGGAAAAGUUUGAGUUGGUUGGGGCUUCUUCUACAGAAGUUGGAAAGGGGGUUACAUUUGAGAUCCCCGGAUUGCCUUUACCACCACUGCCACCACCUCCUCCUGUGCCUCUAGGCACUUACUCAAAGUACAAGGGUGACGGUGAGAAGGUGGGUGUAGAGGGACUUGACGACGAGAUGGUGGAUAUAGUUUGACGUUAAGAGCAUAGCUGUUAACAGUAGUCAUCCUAUGUCAUAC